CAACAACCUCAGCAAUUACCAAGGCCUCCUCUCCAACCUCCUCGCCAACCUCCUCGCCAACCUCGAAACUCUCCCAUCCAAUCUUCCACCAGAUUAUCAACAACAAACCCAACCCAAAAUGCCCCAACCAACACCCCCACCACCAACAGCACCCGCAACAAAAGCCCACCCCCACCCAGAAAGCCUGACCUUCACACAAAAGAACCAAAACAUGACCAAACUCCCAAAAUACGCCAAAAUCACCAAACGCCCCAUCCCGCACCCCGCCCCGUCAACACCAUACACGGGCUCCAACGUCCCCAAAACCAUCUACGUGUCGACGACCACCCCCAAGAUGAGCGUCGUGACGCGCGUCCGGAAGCUGCUGCGGCAGGCGGAGAAGCGCGCCACCGCGGGGUUGCACUCCACGAAAGGGGGGCGGCAGCACCACGGCGGGAGAACGCAAGCGGAGCGCGUGGCGCAGGUGCAGGAGGCGCUGCGGCGCGAGGAGGUGCAUGUCAAGGCGACGGGGCGGGCGAUUGCGAAGGCCGUGGCGGUGGGCGAGUAUCUGCGGGAGGCGGCGGGGGGUGGGGAGUUUCGGGUGACGGUGACGACGGGGAGUGUGCUGGUUGUGGAUGAUGUGGAGGUCGAUGAGGCCGCUAAGAAACGGGUGGUGGAGGGGGCGGAGAGGAUGAGGAGGGAGGUGGAGACCGGGGUGGAGGAGGGGAGUGGCCGGGUUUUGUCGAAGGCGGCGAUUAAGAAGAGGAGGAGGGCUGUGAGGGGCUUGGGGUCGGGAGAGGAUGAAGAGGAGGAAUUGCCCGAGUCGCGGACGAGGUGGGUUAAUAUGGUGGAUGUUGUGGUGGGGCUGAAGUAG